CAGGGAGAGGAGAGGAUUCAGAAGCUGAUUCAUGACUAUGGAGACUACCAGAGCACUUUGCAAGAGGAGCAGGAGAGCUCUCACCAACAUCAUCAUCAACCACCACAACAACAACAUCAACAUCAACAUCAACAUCAACAUCAACAUCAACAUCAACAUCAACAUCAACAUCAUGUUCAAUCUCACCAACAGCUUGACUCAUCGAACAAGAACAAGCAAAGCGCUUUGAAACCCAUCGCAGAACCGGACGAAUCCUUGUUGGAGUUUGGAAGACGUGAAACGCUCGAGGCAUGGUGAAGGCUAUUGCAGCUGAUGCUCUGGUUUCCUCCCUCUCACCUGCAUUCCCUCGGCCUCUCUUUCUUUGCAUCACUUGCAAUGUCUUCUUGUGUUUUCUCUCCCUUUCUUUCUUGCCUUCAUUCUAAUGCUCGACUCCGUGCUUAGUUCUUCUCAUAUGAUGUCAUGUAUA